AUGUACAUGGGCUUCAUUAGCAUGUCUGGCAAGACCGCCCUCACGUUGGCCGCACUGGCUUCGCUCAGUUAUGUCAUCUGUGGACCCUUGCUAUUGCAAGCACGCCUGACGAAAACAAUAGGCCAAAUGCUCGUGGACAGGGUCCUGAAUGCCCAGCGCAACUGGGAGUCAGACACUCUUCGCAGCUUUUGCGAAGUUUCGCUGUGGCUGAUGGUCGUUUGGUCAACCUAUGUUAGUUCGGAGGGAGGACUUGUUGGCCUUGUAGCAGCUCUAACAUUUGGUACAUGUGCAGGGGCCGUGCUUGCGGUUCUGGGAGAGCUUCUGCAGCAACCACUUCGCAGCGUCGAAAGGGUGUUGAGAGAAUCUUCAGCCCGCAGAAUCCGGCUUAAGACAACCGAAGAGGAGGAGGAGACCUUCGUCACGUCGAACAUUGUCAUGCUGAUCCUCUUCGGUCCUACUGUCGUGAGCACUGUCUAUGACAAUUGCAGCGACAUGGCAGUGUUGGCUGGCAUGUUGGUUCUGGGUGGUGCCACCAUACUCGCAGCCGCGCGGGUGUGUCAAGCCUGGGAGCCUACCCGGCAUUUGGGCACCAUCCUGCAGGCACGGAUCCUCAACACGUCGGAGAACUGGAGGGAGCACCCUGGCCGCUCCGCACUUGAGUCGACUUUCUUUUGCGCAGUCGUCAUGGGAGUGUAUGAGCUUCAUGGCGACGCGCUGUUCGCUCUGCAGACGGGCUUCCUGUCUGGUAUGUCGAUUGUCAUCGCGAGUGAAGUGUUUGCACAUGGCAUCAACUUUGACAUCAAGGUUGAUGAUUCCAAGCAGACAUCGGUGCCGCCAGUGAUAUUGGGAUAUGUCAGUUUUAUGGUUCUCGUUUGCUUCUACGCUCGUGAGCACGAGACGGUGAACAGCGCAGCCCUAUCUGUGAUCGUCAACACCCUUCUCUGGGUCAUCCUGGGCAGAUGCUGCAGUGCAGUCGAAGCAGGGCAGCAUCUAGGUCAGAUUGUCAACCGAAGGGCGCUGGAUGCGGCUGAGAACUGGACCAAGUUUCCUGUACGAUCUGCUGCGGAAUGCUCUGCAUGGCUCUUCGGGCAGUACAUAGGACAUCGCUGCGGUUCGGUCUUUGCCAGCGCUGCGAUCGGCACUGCCGUGGGCAUCGUCGCUGUGAGCGUCUCCGAGGUCACAGCCUGGCAUGCGAAGCCCAAAAGAGCUCCUCAGGCCAAGCAACUACGAGGCAACACAAUCAAAGGAAAAUGGACUUGGGAUGAGGUGAACAAGCAUUCCUCGCCUGAAGAUGCGUGGAUUGUCAUUGAUGGGCGAGUGCUCGAUGUCACGGACUUUGCUCCACGGCAUCCAGGCGGCCCCAUCAUUUUGACGUAUGCUGGCGUUGACGCAUCUGACCAGUUUGCCGCCUUUCAUCGGCCUCGGGUGUACGCGAGACUUGCGCAGUUCCACGUCGGAGAGGUGGCUGGCGACGAAAGCUCGCCCACCAAGGCCACGGAGGAGUAUCGUGCUUUGAGGAAGAAGCUGUGGGAGGAAGGCUGGUUUGAGCCACGCCUCCCGUACUUCGCAUUCAAAGCUGUAGUUUGUCUUUUGCUCCUAACCUUCGUCAUCGGCGUCCUCACUUACCUGAGCCCAGCGUGGACUCUGACCCGUACAUUGGUUGCUGGUGCAGCUAUGGGCAUUGCUUGGCAACAGAUAGCUUUCCUGGCACAUGACGCGGACCAUUGGGGAAUCACCAGUCCGCCGAGCGGCAGCUCCUUUAACCCCUUGUCGUGGUUCCUUGCAAGUGUUCUCUUCGGAAUCUCCAGAAGUAUGUGGAAUGAAGAGCAUUCGAUGCAUCAUGCUAUCACUUUGCGACCACAGGAAGAUCCCCAGUUCAACUACCUCCCUUUGUGGCUGAUAUCAAAGAAGGAGCUGGAUGUUGCGGGGACCCAUGUUGGCUUUCUUACUCGAAUGCUCGUUUCUGUCCAACAUUGGACAUUCUUGCCGGUUUCGGUAGUAAUUGGAAGGUUCAAUUUCUACCUUAUUUCAAUGCUGUCCGCCCUCAAGCGAGCUCUGACAGCAAAGAGCUCCAGAGAGCUUUCUGGUGGUUUGCUUGAUGUCAUGGGGAUGCUUCUGUUUUGGACUUGGUAUGUCGCGUUGGUGUGCAACCUGGACACAGCUGCUGAGCGCACGCUCUUUGUGCUAGCAUCCAACUGGACAGUAGGGAUCCUGCACAUCCAGCUUGUUCUAAGCCAUCUGGCGACCGACACCUUCACUGCCGAGGAGGAACGGGUUGAGCAGUUCUUCGCGUUCCAGCUGAAAACAUCUCGGAAUAUCGACUCGAGCUGGUAUGACCACUGGUUUCAUGGCGGCUUGGAGUUUCAGAUCGAACAUCAUCUGUUCCCUCAGCUCCCACGGCACAAUCUGAGCAAGGUCAAACCCAUGGUUCAGGAGAUUUGUUCUCGCCACGGCAUACCAUACCGAUCCACCAGUUUCUCUCAAGCCCUACGGGACGUGCUGUCCGACUUCCGGGGCUUGGCUAUGGACAUCGUCAACUUGAAAAUGGGCUAA